CUGGAGGCAGGACAGAACAAAUAAGAAACCCAGCUUCAAAUAACAACAUUAAGGCUAUUCCGGUCCAACUACUCAUUUUGUUUUCCUACUGAAAGAGUCCGGAAACUGUCUCGAGCAUCUUUAAGUAUUCUCGUCUUGGAUUUGUGCAGAGUUUAAUCAAUAAGGGGAGGUGUUAGGUUUGGCUCCUGUAAGUUAACGGUGAGGUGAGGUUGGUGACGUGAAGUUGGAAAAGUGGGCUUAACCAAAGUGGAUAAAAAACUGCCACUCCUAUAAUAGGAGCAGAGGAAGCCGAGCAGCUGACGACUCGGAGAGUAAAAGCGCAGGGCGAGUGGCGAAGUGAAAGGAGAAGGUAGAAACACCAGCCCAGCUAUCUGCCUGCCUACCCGAGAGUGCCGUGUCAUGGGGAAACAGAACAGCAAGCUGCGGCCCGAGGUCCUGAACGACCUGCGAGAAAACACAGAGUUCACUGACCACGAGCUCCAGGAGUGGUACCGCGGUUUCCUGAAAGACUGUCCAACCGGCCACCUGACUGUGGAGGAGUUCAAGAAGAUCUAUGCCAACUUUUUCCCCUACGGAGACGCCUCAAAGUUUGCCGAGCACGUCUUCCGCACGUUCGAUACCAACGGAGAUGCCACCAUCGACUUCAGGGAGUUCAUCAUCGCCCUGAGCGUGACAUCUCGUGGCGGGUUGGAGCAGAAGCUGCGCUGGGCCUUCAGCAUGUACGACUUGGACGGGAAUGGGUACAUCAGCCGGGCGGAGAUGCUGGAGAUAGUUCAGGCAAUUUAUAAGAUGGUAUCCUCAGUAAUGAAGAUGCCUGAGGACGAAUCAACACCAGAGAAAAGGACAGAUAAGAUCUUCAGACAGAUGGACAUUGACAAUGAUGGCAGAUUGUCUUUGGAGGAGUUCAUUAAAGGUGCCAAGAGCGACCCAUCCAUCGUCAGACUGCUGCAGUCGGAUCAGGGAGCCUCUCGUCAGUUCUGAGGACAGUGACAAUAAUAGACACACACUCUCCAAAAACACCGUCACAAACCCACAUCCAUCGGUCUUUCAACAUUACAACGCACUCACCAGACAAUCCAUUCAUUUUUAAACACAGUCCUUGUCUUAUUGUUUACAUUAAUGGGUAAUUCUCUUUUGUCAAUAUGGCUCCUUUCCUGUGGACUAUGACGUGCUUUAAGUUGAAGUAUUUUGUGUAUAUGCUUUUCCAAAGCUCUCUUGCCUUGAAAUGGUUUUUACCUGUUCCCCAUAAGUGAAGUGCCAUAUCAUAUAUUUAUACUGACUGGAUUAUGUGCUCGCAAGUAUUAUCAAUCCCAUUGUUACACAAAGAGGAAACUAAUUACAUCACUUCUUAUAAUUUGAUUCAACUUAUCUCUGUUGAAAAGUGGCUUAUGAUGUUCAGGAUAUCAACUGUAGCUUUACAAGUUGCUCUUCUGAAC